AGUACUAGUUCAAUUACCACAGCCAGUAAACUUCGGUGCAGCCUUUCCUAAGCUCAACCCCAAAAAAAAAAUGAUUUCUUUUUUGGGAGAUUUACAUACAUACCAGUUCAACACAUUGCAAAACCAAAUGGAAGAAAUAUCUCAUGAAUACAGCAAAGAGAGCAACCUGGAAUAACAAUUAAUAGUCCAGCUUCAUGCCGGCCGGCAUUAGGCUGAAAUAAUAAUCAAUACUAACCAAGCCACUUCGUUGAUCAUGUAAAUUUCCUUCCAAGCACCAACACUCUAAAAAACUAUAAGUACCCCCUCAUCGCAGCACAACAAACCAAGCAAAUUCCUGAAAAAGAAACGAAAAUGGCAAUGAGAGCCUGCCUAGUACUCAUCGUAGUUCUCUCAGCUAGCCUCUCAGCCCAUGCCGGCGACCCCGACAUCACCUCCGACUUCAUUACUCCUCCUGGAAGCACUCCAGACGGCAACUUCUUCACCUUCACAGGGCUUAAAGAUGCCAUUAAUGGCGGACCAAAAGGUGUCCCCUUCAAGGCGACCAAAGCAAGUCAAGUAGAAUUCCCUGCUCUCACAGGCCAAAGUGUCUCCCUUGCUGUUCUCCAGUAUGAGCCCGGUCACACGGGCAUCAACCCGCCCCAUAUUCAUCCUCGCUCAGCAGAGCUCUUGCUUGUGAUACAGGGAGCGGUUAUUGUUGGCUUGGUUGAUUCAACUAAUAAGCUCUACACGCAGACGUUAUAUGCAGGCGAUGCGUUUAUAUUCCCCAAAGGACUUGUUCACUUCCAGGUUAAUGGGGACUCCAAAUACCCUGCAAUUGCUGUAUCUGCUUUUGGCAGUGCCAGUCCUGGAACUGUCUCUUUACCGAAGAACAUUUUUGGCAGUGGGAUUUACAAUUGGGUGUUGGCCCAAUCCUUCAAAACUGAUGUGGACACCAUUAACAAACUCGUUUCAGCUAAUAGUUAAAAAGAGUUGCUUUGCCAGUGUUGUCUGUGCUGUUUGACAUUGUCUUGGAUAUUCAGUUCGGUCUCAAACUUCUAAUAAGCUGAA